AUGCCUUUCUCGGUGUCAAAAAUCCCGCAGUUUCUCUUCUUUUUCUACGUGACUGUCGUGAGUUUAAAUCUGUUCCAACUGUUCUUUCCGGGACAAUGCGAGGACGGGAACGUUGGGGAAAGGAAGAAACGUGCGUGCGUGUUUCCGAGUUUAACCUUGGACGCGGAUUUCCGCGUCCACGCGUACGUGUCGGAGACGAAAAACGAGAGGAAAGUGUUGGAGGAAAUCAUAUCGAGGAGGAAUAGGAGGAGGAGAGAAGAAGAAGAGCGGGAGAACGAGGAUUCAGACGAAGCGGAAGAAGACAGAAGAGCGUUUAUGGCUGAAUUUAACGGUGGAGAAAAGAAAAGGGAGGCGCGAAGAGUCGCGAGCGCGAACGCGCGAUGGGGCGCGAAACAUGUGGUCGAGAAUAUUACGAUUCCUUUGCGAGAGUUUAACGUCCGAGAACGAAACGGGACGAUGCUGUUCGCGCACGUGUUUAUGACGAAGAUUGGAGAUGAAGAUGAGAGUGAUGGUUACGAGGAUGAAGCGCCGUUGAGAAAUGAGCGGGACGUGAUUUGGUGGGAGAGCGUGAACGUGCUCAAAUACGCUCGGGUCGGCGAGAGGAGGAAGACUCAAAAGUUGAUAGGAGGAGAGGAUAGUAUUAAGAGUAGCGGUAAUAAUAGCAGUGGUGGUGAGAAUAGCACGACGACGUCGACGGGUGCGUCUGGCAAUGGUAACAACAGCGUGGCUAAGAAUAAUAGCGCGAGUACGACGAUUUUGCCGCAUUUGCGACCUCACUUGCGAGUGUUGAAAGUAAAAUCGCCGUUUCCGUUUUUCGCGCACGGAGCGCCGAUGGAUAUUGGCUUAAGAAUGCUGAAUUACGAAACAAGAUCGUACAGGCCGUUGGCGAUGAUGGACGAUAUUUCCAUUUCCAAAAGAGAGUGGCGACAGUUGAAGAUGAUUGAUGCGAGAACGGAUUCCUCGGAGGAAGACGAAGAUGAAGAUGCGUAUCCGGACGACCCAGUCAUCUCCUUGCUCAUACAACCGCUCCCACUCGGUGUGUAUCGUAUGUUACGUAACGUAGAAACAACGCUAGACCAACUCCAAUCGACCAUGGGUUUCACCGACGACGAUUUAGAUGAAGUGCGAGAAAUGGUUGUCGGUCAAGAUUGGCGAUGGUUAGUCGCCACGUUUAUCGUGAGCAUCAUGCACUCGUGGUUUUCAUUCUUAGCGUUUAAAAACGACGUCGGGUUUUGGAAAGGGAGAACAAACGUGGAAGGGUUGUCGGUCCGAUCGCAAUGGUCCAAUUUUAUUUGCUCGACGAUCAUCUUUUUGAACAUUUGGGAGUCGCGAGGGACGGCGUCGAGUAUUAUCGUUGUCGAAACCGGCAUCGCCGCGUUGCUCGAAUUAUGGAAGUGUUGGAAGUUUGUCGCAGCAAAGAGAGCGAGGAAGAAAAAUAACGAAGAAGCUUCAGAAAUGCAAAAAGAUACCGACGAAGCCGACGCGAAAGCUAUGAAGUGGCUCGUGUUUGCGGUGUUCCCGUGCGUCGUCGGGUUGUCGAUUCGGUCUCUUUUAUAUCAUGAACACCGCUCGUGGAAAGCGUGGUUCCUUCGAAACGCCGCGAACGGGGUGUACAUAUUCGGGUUUGUCGCCAUGACACCUCAGUUGUAUAUAAACUACAAGUUGAAAUCCGUCGCACACUUGCCGUGGCGCGCGUUCAUGUAUAAAACCUUCAACACGUUUAUCGACGACGUGUUUUCGUUUGCGGUGGCGAUGCCGUGGCAACAUCGCAUCGCCUGUCUCCGAGACGACGUCAUUUUCUUCGGGUACCUAUGGCAGAGAUGGAUUUAUGGCGUCGAUAAAAGUCGCGUGAACGAAUUCGGUCGCGCGUAUGAUGACGAUAACAAGGACGACGACGAAGGUAAGGAAAAAGAAGAAAACGAAGAUGAGAAAGAAACAAAGAAGGACAAAUAG